GCGGGAUGCAUCUAGUGGCUGUCAGAGGUUAUUUGCAACUAGACGGUGAUUUACAGCAAAAGGGGUCUCACUUCUGCACGGCCUGCAUCCCGACACAGAUGCCUACCGACGAAAGGCGUAGUUCGCCAGUCUGCAUUGGGAGUGCCAGAGGGCGGGCAACGCCCGCUGAUGAUUGGCCACGCGCACCAUCAGCGACCGGCGCCCAGUCACUUGUUGGCUUGCUUGGGUUGGGGGCAGGCACGCCUUGUCCGUGUCUGCCGCUGUUUGCAUAUAAUUACCACGUAUCCGUACCUAGGUCUGCAAACCAAGGACUGCUGCUCCCUAAAUCUUCUCUUCUCUUGAUGUCUACACCCUGCGACCAUUUCCCACGCCAGCUCUUCUUUGAAAGUAACUUCGUCCCUGAACUGAACUGUCAUACAAACAUUGACCAUGUCGGCCGAAUCUGCUUCAACCGCCACCUCGCCGCUGGUAGAAUACUUCCCGGCCACCGUUAUAAAACAGACCAACUUUCGCGUCGACUCGGACACGCCGUGCCGGUUCUUGUUCACCUUCCCCAUCGAGCUCCCGUCGCUUCUGCGCCCCGAGCUCCCGCCGCUGCCCUACUACCCUCCCGACCACCGCGUCGACGAUGCCCCGUUCCAAAGACAGCUCUUCGCGGCGCUGCGUCCGGCAGUGGCAGGCGCCCUGUACGAGCUCCUCGGCACCGACGCGCCCGUGUCCGAGCUGGUCCCGCGCCCGGGCCGCAUCACGGCCGGGUGGCUGAAGCAGAAGCUCGAGAGCAACGAGAUCUGCGGCGACGGAUCCCUGCUCGACCUGGCCACCGGGCACUGGACGGACCAGCGCGGCGUCAGCGGCGACGAGGUCAAGGCAUAUCUCGACUGGGGCCCGGGCGUGGGCUUCUCCGUCGUCCACGGCUUCGUGCUCAGAGUCGACCAGAAGGUGCUCGACAACGACACGGACCCCGCCGUCGUCCGCAUCCGCGCCAUGGCCACGCUACACAAGGGCCAGGUCGCCUUCCUGGCCCGCAAGUGCCACCCGGCGCAGCAGGGCGAUAUCAACCGCGAGAUCAGGAGGCACGAGGGACCGUGAGAGACUGCUAUUUCCCGGUGUUUGGUACACAGUACGUAUUUGCUGAAAGCUCAGAUGAGGACUAGGUAUCUAUCUAGGUAGCCAGCUACGAGUAUACUUGAAUUAUACGCU